UAGUUUUCGUUUCUGAUUUAUGUUGCCGUUUGCCCUAUAUUUUACCCCCUCUUUGGCUAUUUUGUGCGCCUUCAAGCAGUCAAUCCGAAGGGUUUUCUCUCUCUAGCUCACUUUCUCUGUCUAAGAAUUCUCCAUUCUCAGUUACGAUCACCAAUGGCUGACAAUACUGCUAUGGAUUCUCGCCCUAACCAGAUCCCUAAAGUGUUAGGCGCCUCCAGUUAUUGUUCGUAUGUAGUUGGAAGUGGGAGAUGAGUCAGAUGACAGUGCCAUGUAAAGCUCCUGUAAGAAGAUGGGUAAUGAAAAGAAUAAUGAAUGGUGUAUCUUUCCUGUCUGUGUUGCUUGUUUCGGUUCCUGUUUGAGUUUGAAAAGAUAUCCGAGGAUCUGACAAUUCCAUUCCGCUUUCACCUCAGUGGCUUCUGCCAAAACCAGGGGAGAAUAAGACUGGAUCUGUUACUGGGGAGAACCAUUUCAGUCCACUUCCAGGUCAUGGCAAUCACCCUGAUGCUAUGAAGGUAACUGGAGCAGUUGAUGAUUUGACUGAUAACUAUAGGAAGAAAGAUGUUUUCCGUCCUUCUGUGCUGGAUAUGGAAUCUGGUCGUCGAGACCGCUGGCGUGAUGAAGAAAGGGACACUAAUUCCUCUGUCCGCAAAGACCGAUGGAGGGAGGGGGAGAGAGAGCAUAGUGAUAAUCGCAGGGUGGAUCGCAAGGCUGAUUCAUCUGCGAGAUACUAUGGGGAAGCACGUCGUACCCCAGGUGAGCGAUGGACAGAUUCAGGAAGCAGAGAUAAUCAUGAGCAACGUCGCGAGAGCAAAUGGAACACGCGGUGGGGACCUGAUGACAAAGCGGCUGAUGCUGUGCGUGAGAAGUGGGGGGACUCCAACAGAGAAGAUGAUGUGAUUCUUGAUAAAGGGUCCUCCCCCCUUCCUUAUCAUGGAAAGGAUGAGAAGGAUGUGGAUCAUUAUCGACCUUGGAGACCUAACACUUCCUACAGCCGAGGCAGAGCAGAUGCUCAUCAGCAAACUUCAACCCCAAAUAAACAGGUCCCAACAUUUUCACAUGCCAGGGGACGUGCUGAAAACCCUGCCCCUAACUUUUCCCUUGGCAGGGGAAGGGUUAGUGCUGGGGGAAGCUCAGUUACUCACACAGUGAUUAACUUGCAAUCGCAUGGACCUGUUGCAGAAAGAGGUGAAAGUGGCCAUGGCGACCCACAUCUUCUAUUUUAUAACCGGACAAAAUUGAUUGAUAUAUACAGGACAACUGACAUGAUACGUCAUGCAAAGUAUUUGGAGGGUGUUGUUCACGUACCCUCCCUCACACAAGAAGAACCUAUAGAACCUCUGGCUUUUUGUGCGCCUACUCCUGAAGAAUUGGUUAUCCUUAAGGGAAUUGACAGAGGAGAAAUCUCCAGUAGUGGUGCUCCACAGGUCAGUAAAGAUGGAUCUGCUGGCCGAACCACAGCUGACUUUAUGCAGUCAAGACGAAACAGGCUUGGAGGAAAUAAGGAUGAUUUGCCAGUUUCUCUUGAUGAUUCUAAGCACGAAACGUUGGACUAUCCCGGUGGUUAUUCGAGUUACUCAGAAGGCCUGUCCCAUGAAAAGCAGAUUUAUUCUUGGCCUAAUGCAAAAGUUGAGGCAAUGCAGGAGUAUCAGGCCUUCUCCGGUCGCAAAUUGAAUACUGAAGAUAGCUCACGUUCAACUUCGGAUUGGAGAGAGGCAUCUACAGAUAUUCAGAAAGAUCUUAACAAUGUCUGGGAAACGAGUAUGAUUAGAUCACCUAAGACCAAGAAAGGACCAACCCAGUGGCAAGUUGGUGAUGAACCAGUUAUGAGAAGGUUACCAUCUGCAGUAUUUGACAGGGAGAUGGAACCACAUAAGAUGUCUCCGCCAUCUCCAGAAGACCUAGUUCUUUACUAUAAAGAUCCACAAGGUGAAAUUCAAGGCCCUUUUGCUGGGAGUGAUAUCAUCACGUGGUUUGAGUCUGGAUACUUUGGCAUAGAGUUGCAAGUUCGUUUGGCCAGUGCACCACCUGACUCUCCCUUCUCUUUACUUGGAGAUGUGAUGCCUCAUUUGCGUGCCAAGGCUCGGCCACCUCCUGGAUUUAGUACACCCAAGGCAAAUGAAAUCCAAGAUUUAUCUGGUAGAUUAAACUACAGCACUUUUGGGAAGCUUCAUACAGCUUCAAGUGAGGUUGAUGUGUUAAAAGAUGAAUCUAGAUAUAAACAUGAUUCCACGACUGAGGCUGAAAACAGGUUUCUGGAGUCACUGAUGGUUGGCAGUUUAAGUACCACCCCACUUGAGAAGUUUGCUCUCUCAGAAGGUAUGCAGGGAUACGGUGGAAAUAAUUCAUUUGCACUACCUCAUUUGGGAUCUAGUACUGCAGAUGACCCAUAUUUGCUGGCCAAAAAGUUGACACUGGAGAGGCAGAGAUCGAUGUCAAAUCCUUAUUCACUUUGGCCUGGGAUGGAUGCUGCUUCUGUUGUUGGAAAGACAGAUGUGAAUGAGACUUCACUACCUCAUUCGAAGUUUCUAUCAUCUAAUACAGACAAUGCUCGGACGCAACAUCAUUCUCAGAGUGUGGAGUCAAUGUCUGUUCUUCAAGGCUUAUCUGACCAUUCUACAUCCACUAUGAACAAUGGAAUGAGUAGUUGGUUGAAUUUUCCCGUUCAAGGGGGGUUGGACCCACUUCAAGAUAAGUUGGACAUUCAUCACAGUCCGAAUUUUCCUCCACAAUCUGCAUUUGGGAUACAGCAGCAGAGGCUAACGCCACAGAAUACACCCUUAACUAAUCUAUUCGCCCAAUCAAUGGAUAAUCCAUCCAAGAUGUUAACUCCAGAAAAGCUCCUCACUUCUGGUAUAUCUCAAGAUCCACAACUUCUGAGUUUGUUGCAACAGCAGUACUUGCUGCAGUUGCAAUCCCAGGCCCCUGUUGCAUCACAGCACAUCUCACUAUUGGAUAAACUGUUGCUGCUUAAGCAGCAAGAGAAGCAGGAAGAGCAGCAGCAGUUAAUGCGCCAGCAGCAAGAGUUGCUCUCAAAAGUAAUCUCUGAGCAUCAUAAUAACCAGCGAUUAGGUGAGAAUUCUUUUGCAAAACUGCAAACGGCUGGGUUUGCAGCUGGAAAUGAUGUGGACCACAACCACUUCCAACAACCGCAUGAUUUGUUUCAUCUUCGCUCACAGUUACAAGCUCCCAAUGUGCGAGGUGGAAGUGAAAAUGCUGCUGAUUUUGUGUUGCCUCCUGGUGAUUCUAAGGAUAUUAGUGCAAAUAUUGGUCCAGAAACUUCCGUGCAUCUGCCACACCAAAUCUUCGCAAAUAAUGUGAAGCAAAGGAAUUGGGAUUCUUCUCCAUCUGAGCAUAUUGUUGAGCAGCAGGAGAGUUCAUCUAGCACAACAGGUGGCAUGGAUUUGACUAAGAUGCCAGAAAAGACGAACAAGUUCGUUUUGGAACAGAUAUCAAACUCUGAUAAGUCUCUUGGAGAUACUACCUCUGACAUUGCUUCCAGUUUUCCAGCUGAGGAACAUUUGGAGGAAUCAGUUCUGCAGCAGCAAUUGGCAGUUGGUCAUGAGAAUGAGCCACAAGACACAGUAGAGGCAUUGGCAGAGAUGAAGUCAGGAGCCUUCAAAGAGCCACUAGAUUUAGGGGAACAGCAGCUUGAUGAUUCCUCUUCGGUGAAGGAAGUGAAAAUUCCUGAAGCACGGGGAGUAAAAAAAUUGUCAGAGAAGAAGUCAAAAAAGCAGAAGUCUUCGAAGGUUUUAACUGACUCGGCAAAGGGCGUCUCUAAGUCGCAACAGUCAAAGCAAUCAGAAUUUGAAGGAACAAACUCAGUAAAUGCAAAAUCUGAAACAUUAGCUGACCAAGGAGAUGCAACAUCUUUUGCAGAAAAGGCGAAGAGGAACACCAAAAUAGCUGCUGAUGAUCUGGAUUUACUACCAGGUGAAAACUUGUUGCCUGCCCUUAAUCAUGCCAGUGCUGGUGUGACAAUUGAAACAAAGGUGCAGCAAGGACAAGUUGCAUAUGCGUCACAGGUGAAUGUAGAAGCACAUGCUGGACAACGGGCUUGGAAACCAGCUCCUGGUUUCAAACCAAAAUCACUACUGGAGAUACAACUGGAGGAGCAGAAGAGAGUACAGGAGGAGAAGGAGAUGGCAGUUUCUGAGAUCUCCACAUCGCUUGGCUCCAUGAAUGUCUCGACUCCUUGGUCUGGGAUAGUUCUGAAUACAGAUCACAAGAGAUUUAGUGACAUUGGGCAGGAUACUGCCGGCACUGAGUUAAGUUUUUCAAAGUCAGACGGUUCCUUGACUCUUAAGAACAAGAAGAGCCAAGAAGAAGACCUAUUCUGGGAUAAUAGCGUUGCAAAAUUAGGUGACAGGGAGAUGGAGAUAUCUGACAGUACACCAUCAGUACCUUUGACUUCAAUUAUAAGUUCCCAAGCUGAUUCUGUUGUUGAUGAUGACUUCAUCAAUGCUAAAGAUACUAAAAAGAGCCGUAAAAAAUCUGCUAAGGCUAAAAAUGCGGGAGCUAAGGCUACUCCUGCAGUUUCAGUUGAUGUGUCUGUUGGAUCAAGUCCUGUUGAUAAGGGUAAAUAUGCUCGCCAAAUACCACAGCAGAAGGAGGUUUUACCUGCUGUGCCAUCUGGCCCUUCGUUGGGAGAUUUUGUUCCCUGGAAGGGGGAGCCUGCCAGUCCUCCUGCCCCAGCUUGGUCCACUGAUUCUGGAAAACCUCAUAAGCCAGCAUCACUGAGGGACAUCCUAAAGGAGCAAGAAAGAAGGGUUUCUUCUCCACAGCCGGUGCCAACUCCUCAGAAAAUUGCAACAAAUCAACCUGCCCGUGGAAGUGGUCCAUCAUGGUCAUUGUCCUCGUCUCCUGCAAAGGCUGCAUCCUCAAUACCAAUCAACUCACAAGCUGCUUCUCACUCGAAAAAUAAAGUUGAGGAUGAUCUGUUCUGGGGGCCACUAGAGCAACCAAAGAAAGAGGAUAAGAAGUCUGAUUUUCCUCAACUUGGAACGCAGGGUGGUUGGGGCAGCAAGAGCACACCUGUAAAAGGUACUCUUGGAGGGUCAUUGAACCGACAAAAAUCCGCUGGGGGAAAACCUGCAGACUAUUUGGUUUCUGCCUCAGCUUCCUCCGCUCAAUCAUCCCUGAAAGGCAAAAAAACUGCCUUGAACAAGCAUUCAGAGGCUGUGGACUUCAAGGAAUGGUGUGAGAGUGAGUGCAUCAGACUAAUGGGGUCAAAAGAUACAAGUAUCUUAGAAUAUUGUUUAAAGAUAUCAAGAUCAGAAGCUGAAACACUACUAGCAGAGAAUCUUGCCUCAGUUGAUCCUAACCAUGAGUUCAUCGACAAGUUUCUGAACUACAAAGAUUUUUUGCCUGCGGAUUCUCUUGAAAUUGCCUUCAAGAAUCGGAAUGAUCGAAAAACCACUGCCUCCGGCGUGGGAGAUAUGACUUCCGAUAACAUGGAUGUUGGGGGCUCCGACCCAGGUAGCAUGGGAGCUAUUGAUGGCGCCUCAAAAGGAGGAAAAAAGAAGGGAAAGAAAGGGAAGAAGGUAAGUCCAUCUGUUUUGGGGUUCAACGUGGUUAGCAAUCGGAUUAUGAUGGGAGAGAUUCAGACGGUUGACGAUUAAGAAGUCACUAGGAGAUUGUAAAUACAUUGUUUUCAGAACGACUGUAAAUGCUUCUGUUGGUAGCCAGGACUUUUUGACUCCUCUUUUUAUGGAGGAAAACUGCAGCAGGUAAUAUGCCCCCUGCUCAAGCAAUUUUGUGAAGCGAUCUUCAACUGUAGUUUUGUUAUUUAUUGUAAGAGUUGAAGGUUUUGAUUAUGUAUUAGCAGUAGACCAGGUUUUUGGUCGUCUUAUGUUGUUAACUUUCCAAGAUCUUGGAUGCCUUUAUUAUCCAAUGUUUUUACA